GGCAAUGAUGCCCCUGCACGCCCGAGCCAUCAUCAGCACUCCACGCCCCUGCCUCCCUGCACACCGCGCCUCACCCCAAUCCCGCGCCUCUGCACCGCUGAUUACUGCAGCCCCCAUCCUUGCCUCACAUGCAAAAAAGACAAGGAGUACCGGACAAAUUGGCAUCAUUGAUUGACAGAGCAAGGCCCUUGUCUUUUGUUGCAUUUUAUUUUUAUUUUUAUCAUUUGGGGUAUAUAUAUAGGGCAAAAGCAGAGUAAUAAAGGUUGGUUGAUUUUGGGUCUCUUUGUUGGGGAGUUUCGUCUGAGUUUUUGAGAGCAAUAGAAGGGGAUUUACUGGAGAAGAAAGGGGGCAACAACGGUGGUUGAGAGGAAGGAUCACCGAGCUUCCAUAGGAACUUCAUUUUCUGGGUUUCAUUGCCUUAGGUAAUUUCUGAACAGAGGAAUUUUUGGGAAGAGCCGUGAGGGAGAAGAAGGGAGCUUGAUCCCGUGGGUGGGAUCCCUCCCUUCGGAUCUCAAUCUGCUUUUUUUCCCAGAAAUUUCACCUUGUUUGAUUCUGAUUCUCAUAGAGUUUUGCUUUAUUAAAACUGUACUAGAUGA